UUAGGUUACGAUUCUCCAUAUCUAAUUGGCUGAAAGUCUGGCAGCCACUACAGCAGAACGCUACAUAAAUUGGCGCCUUUCGUCUCGAGAAAUUCUACACAGGUUUUCUGUUUGUGGAAGAUUCUAUCAGUAUAGGAAAUAUGGCCAAUACUUUAUGCAUGAUUGUUCCUCUUGCUUUCCUUGCCUGUUUUGUUACCGCUGAAAGCGUGUCAUCAACGACUAAAACAAUCACUUCGGAGGAACACAUAAAACAGCUGGUUGAGACUAUUGGUGCAUCGUGUAGAGGCAAUUGUAGCUCGGACAUUGAUAGUCUAAAGAAAUUUACCGUGAAAUCAGCAAUUUGUGUCUCGUUUUAUGCAUUCAAGACAUGCUUUGACGAUAAAUGUUACGAUGCUCCAAGUGAUGUACGCACAAACAUUCACUUAGCCAAAGAGAUAUGCGACGGCUGUAGUACUGUGAAGAUCUCUGGAAUGAUUCUGGUUUUGAUGUUGUUCCUCAACCUGCUUUUCAAGUUGGCUUGAUCUCUUCAUUAGUGUUUUGCAGUAAAGUUUUUUUUAGUUUAACCUUAAAACAAAUCUGACAUAAUUAAAUUAAAUAUGAGUAGCAUUAAAAACACCUAAUGAAAAUUGUUAAGUACUUAGAAUCUGAUUAAUUAAAAAUGUAGUUUAUUUUUUAAAUUUUAUAUUUACAUUUGUCAAUACAAACUGAUCGUUUUUAUUUUUUAGACUUUUAUUUUUUUUUUCCAAUUAUCUUGUUAUGUUUUACCAACAAACAAUGGUAGACUUUUCAGAAAAUGAUUCAAGAUACUACAAUAAACGCUAGUCAAAAGUUUAAUUUAUUUUACAAAGAUUUAAAAUUAAUUUGUGAAAAAAAAGAUUUGUUUCUAUUGGUUCUAUCAACAAAAAUUUACGAAGAAAGUAAAUUUUUUUCUAAAAAUUAAAAUACAUUUGGAUCUGUUUAGAAGUAGUUGCACCUGAUGAUUUCUGAGCCCAUUGUAUGUUUUUAUCAAUAAAUUUUGAAUAAA